AUGUCGGACUAUUUUGAUUACAGUAGCGAUGAUACCGAACAUGAUGAUCAAUAUGGUGACGAAGCAUUCGACAAUAAUCAAUAUGAUGAAGACGAUUUAUAUCAUUCGGGUGAUCAAUACAGCGGAAGAAUUCAAUUAUCUGAUUAUGCGAGUGAAGCAAGUACAAAUCGAAUUGAUUCUGAAGAGGAAUCAUUCAAUAGUAAUGUUGUUGACUCGCCCGGUGGGAAAACCAAGUUGUGGAAACCUAUUGUUCAUAAAGAAUUUAUGUCAGAUGUGGAUGCUACUUAUCAAUCAUUAGAGGAGGCGGUUGAAAUGUAUAAAUUAUAUGCAAAUAAAGCAGGUUUUGGUGUCAGGUUAAAUACAGUAACGAGGUUUGGUGACAAAACCAUUAAAAAAAGGUAUGUAGUGUGCAACAAAAUGGGUAAAAUACCUAACAGAUCAACUGACACUUUGGAUCCUGAGGGAACUGGAAGGAAUAAACAAAACUCAAACUUCAGAAUCACGGACUGCAAGGCAUUGAUAAAGUUUGAAAGGUUACAUAUGCGAACUAAUGCUUGUAAAAUAUAUGAGUUUGAAGAGAAGCACAACCACCCCCUAGAAACUAAAGAAGAAAGACGGUAUUCCAAACGUGCACGACGACUUAGUUAUAAAGACAAGGAGUUUAUAGUGCAUUCUUCAACAUCUAACAUUGGUGCAACCAAGGCACAUAAGUUACAAGCUAGUUUGCAAGGAGGUUAUGAAAACAUUGGCCAUGAAGCAAUUGAUUAUAAAAAUUUUAGAAGGAAGAUGGGAAACAUUAUAGGUGACAAGGAUGCACAGCUGGUUGUUGACAAAAUGAGCAUGAGGAAAGAUGAGUUACCUAACUACACAUUUGAGUAUAAAUGUGUUGAUAGCGUGUUAAACGCAAUGUUUUGGGUGGAUGAAACCGAUAAGUUAUAUUACAAGGAGUUUGGAGAUGUGAUCUCAUUUGAUGCUACAUUCCGAACAAAUGAGUAUGGAAUGAUUUUUGUGCCGUUUACAGCCAUUGAUAACCACAAACGUUCAAUAAACAUUGGAGCAGGUUUGUUAAGCAACGAGUCAAUAGAAUCUUAUCGUUGGUUGCUCGAAGCUUUUUUGAAAGCACAUGGAAAACACCCUCAAUUAGUGUUAACAGACCAAGAUCCAGCAAUUCUACAGGCCAUUGAAGCAAUAUUUCCUAGUUCUAAUCACCCUUUAUGUAUGUGA